CUUGUACACCAUGCGACAGCUAAAAGAGCGAAAUCGGUGCAAUCGGUCUGUUCGGCAUCUGAAAAUUCAGGGCAAGAUCUGGUUGAAAAAUCUUAAAAGCGGCUUGGAUCAAAUUCGAGAAAGCCAGGUGCGAGGAAGGCGUAACAACUUCCUGCACGAUGGCUCCUUCCAUGAGGCAGUUGCUCCCGUUUUGGCGGUGGCCCAGUGCUUUUGCCUGAUGCCCGUGAGCGGAAUCGGUGCUCCAACGUACAGGGGACUAAGCUUCAGGCGGCGCAGCUGGCGUUUCUGGUACAGCUCCUUGUACCUCUGCUCCACGUCGGUGGAUCUGGCCUUCAGCAUCCGCCGGGUGGCCCACAGUGUGCUGGAUGUGCGCAGUGUGGAGCCCAUCGUUUUUCACGUGAGCAUCCUGAUCGCCUCCUGGCAGUUCCUGAACCUGGCCCAACUCUGGCCUGGAUUGAUGCGCCACUGGGCGGCGGUGGAGCGGCGGCUACCCGGCUACUCCUGCUGCCUGCAACGGGCUCGUCCUGCCCGUCGCCUCAAGUUGGUGGCCUUCGUGCUGCUGGCAGUUUCACUGAUGGAGCACCUGCUGAGCAUCAUUUCGGUGGUGUACUACGACUUCUGUCCACGAAGAAAGGAUCCCGUGGAAUCCUAUUUGCAUGGCACCAGCGCCCAGUUGUUCGAGGUGUUCCCCUACUCCAACUGGCUGGCCUGGCUGGGCAAGAUCCAGAACGUGCUGCUCACCUUCGGCUGGAGCUACAUGGACAUAUUCCUGAUGAUGCUGGGCAUGGGUCUCAGCGAGAUGCUGGCCAGGCUGAACCGUAGCUUGGAGCAGCAGGUGCGACAGCCCAUGCCGGAAGCCUACUGGACGUGGUCACGCACUCUUUACCGCUCCAUAGUGGAGCUCAUACGGGAGGUGGACGACGCCGUGUCCGGUAUAAUGCUGAUAUCCUUCGGCAGCAAUCUGUACUUCAUCUGCCUGCAGCUCCUCAAGAGCAUCAACACCAUGCCCUCCUCCGCCCAUGCCGUCUACUUCUACUUCUCGCUGCUGUUCCUGCUCAGCCGAUCCACGGCGGUGCUCCUCUUCGUUUCGGCGAUCAAUGACCAGGCCAGGGAGCCACUGCGUCUGCUGCGCCUUGUUCCGCUCAACGGAUAUCAUCCGGAGGUCUUCCGCUUCGCCACCGAGCUGGCCAGCGAUCAGGUGGCGCUAACGGGCCUCAAAUUCUUCAAUGUCACCAGGAAGCUCUUCCUGGCGAUGGCGGGCACGGUGGCCACCUAUGAACUGGUGCUCAUUCAGUUUCACGAGGAUAAAAAGUCCUGGGACUGCUCGCUUUCCAAUCUUGAUUAGACGCG